GAGCUCCUGAGCUUAGUUCGUUAUUAGUGCGCCGGCAGCGGCGAUGGCGUCCGGGCAGGAGAGCAGGGAGGAGCUGGACCGCAUGGCCCGGGAGGGCGAGACCGUCGUCCCCGGCGGCACCGGCGGCAAGAGCCUCGAGGCGCAGGAGCACCUCGCCGAGGGGCGCAGCCGCGGCGGGCAGACCAGGAGCAAGCAGCUGGGUCACGAGGGCUACAGCGAGAUGGGCAGCAAGGGUGGGCAGACCCGGAAGGAGCAGCUGGGCGAGGAGGGGUACAAGGAGAUGGGCGGCAAGGGCGGGCAGGCCCGGAGCGAGCAGCUCGGCCACGAGGGGUACAAGGAGAUGGGCAGCAAGGGCGGGCAGACCCGGAAGGAGCAGCUGGGCCACGAGGGGUACAGCGAGAUGGGGCGCAAGGGCGGGCUCAGCACCAUGGAGGAGUCCGGCGGCGAGCGCGCCGCCCGGGAGGGCAUCGAGAUCGACGAGUCCAAGUUCAGGACCAAGUCUUAGACGCUUGCCUGCUGCGUGCAGGCAGGGUAGUGUAGUGUGUUGAGCAAACUAUCUAUCUAGUCGAAGACGUUGCUUCUCUUUGCUCUCGUAGCUAGGGAGCUGAGGGUAGUAGCACGCGUGUGUACUGAAUAAUAAUGUAGGGCAUUCGA